UGGAAACCCCAUGGUCAAGACAUCGACUCCAUGGUUUCUCUCCUUCGCGACGCCCUUGCAUUGCGUCCGCAGGGCCACCCCGAUCACACAUUAUCCCUCUGUCAUCUCACCGAUGCAUUGACCAGGCGCUACAGACGCAUACGCACUGCUACCGACAUCCGCGAAUCUGUUCAG